UUUACCUGUCUGACACAUAAUGAAAAAUGUUAUCAAAAAUUAUUAUCAACUAUCAUAGUUGACGAUGGAUGAUCGUUUAGCGAAGACUCCUUUUAUUCCAACAUAUAGUUGUAUUUACAAGAAAUGCCAACCCCAGGAAACUGUUCAAAAGUUAACAUUUACGGGCAAUUUUACUCCUGGCCAUCGGCAUUUUGACAUAAGCUCUUCAGAGAGACGUAGUAUGCGUCAACAAAUACUGAAUUCUGUGUUAAAGAAAACUGAGUCUUUAAUCAUGGACCACAGAAGCAGUGAUUAUAAUAAUCCUACAUAUGAGGAUCCAAAAGACAUUGUUCAAAAACCGGUAAAGCCUCCCAGAAAGAGAAAUGUUCAAGGCAUAGCGGUAACAUCACCUCGGAGUAAAGAUGGGAAAUCCUUACGGAAAGAGCAAAAGAGAAAACUUACAAAGAAAUAUGAAAGUCUUGUGACGGCAUUAAUGGAUAAAUGUGAGGAGAAUUUUGGUGUGAUUACAGAAAAAGAAUCACAAAUUAACAAACUAAAAGACAAACUGAAAACGGUGUUGGAGUACAAUAAAUUAUUUGCCAAUGAGAAUGAUAAACUUAAAAAUGAGUACACAACAUUAGCGAGUUAUGUAGAUGAGUGUAAGAGAGUUAUAAGAGAGGAGAGAGAGAGGAACGGAGAGUUGGAGACGAGGAUUAAGAAGUAUGAGGAGAAAGUGAAACAUUAUGAUGUUCCAGAGAAAGAUUCCUGUUUGUCGACGGCUAUACCACUAGUAGAGGUGUGUAUGAGUUGCAGUAGUCGACAGAUCGUACUGAACCAGGCGCGCGAACAGAACACCAGACUACAGAAAGAUAUGCAAGCCUUAAAGGAUGUUUUGUACCGAUUAAAUGUCCAACUGUCGAGAUAUCAAGAACGAUUAAGAAAUAUUAACCCGCUAAGCGCAGAAGGUAGUGUGUUUAAACCGAGUGAUAAAUAUGAUGGGUUUGAUUCCUUGAUUACAGCAAGCAUGGGCCAAAAACAUGAUACAAAUGACGACGGUCACUCGAAGAAUGUUCCAGAAGUCGGUACGACACCAUCUGAAAGAGUAGUGGAUUUAUCUGGACUAUUGAGUGCGCAGGCGCUGGCACCACUUUUUGAUGCGUAUCAAGAAAAUCUACAAGAGAAGGACAAUCUCAUUCUCGACUAUGAGAAACAGUUUGAAAAUAUGAACAAGAAAUCAAAACAAAUAGUUGAAGAAAAUAAAUCUCUAGUCGAUAAAGUUAGUACAUUGGAUGAAGAGAUAGUGCGAGUGAGACAGAGCUAUAAAAAGCUUAAAGUCGAGAAAGAGACGUGCGAUGUGGAGAGAGCUACGUUGUUAGAAAGAGCGGAGAGAGCGGAGUCGAAGUUGAAGGAAGUUUAUGAGUUGUAUGAAGGGAAAAUGGCAGCCAUGUUUCGAGACUAUGAAACGGUACACAGAGAAUACUUCACAGUGAAGACGGCUCUAGAAGCUUCUGCAGGAAAAAUGGCGCAACUAGACGCUAUGCGAGCCAAGACCGUACCCGCCGACUUACACGAGAGACGAUUGGACGAUUGUAAGAGGUUACUCGAAGAAUUGAAACAUCAAUAUUCUAUGGAGUCGGAACGUAAAAGUGAACAAAUAAAAAAAUUAGAAGAAGAGUUACGAAAAACGGAUGAAAAGUAUAGUAAAAUGUGUCAGGAGCAUGAAGCUGUCAGAGAAGAUCUUAAGACUGCGCUUAAAAAUGUGAGGUUAUACCGCAAGGCUGCGGUAGUGUUCCGGCACCGCGCGCGCUCUGCGGCCGCUCGAGCGACGCGAGCGCGCCGGAGUCAGCGAGCGCACAACGGAGAGCCGCUUCGUAAAGCGCUCGAAGCGCUGGAGAAGAUUAAGGCGGAGAUUAAGAUUGUGAAAUCCCGAGCCCACUCAUCACUGCUGGAGCUCGAACGCCGUAUGGAGGAACAGCAACGCGUUCAGAUGGAGACCAGACGCGAGCUGGAGAGAGCCGAGCUCGCCCUCAGACACAAGGAGGCUGUUAUCAGGAGCCUCAUAGAUAAGGUGGCUGAUGUUGAGGAAGUUCGAUUAAGUCAAACCAACACCAGUCGUCUACAAGGUAUACCUUCUUCAGAUUCCUCCGAUCGCUCUCCAAAGACCCAGGAUAAAAGAGACAGGAGUAAUGUGAAGCUGGUCCCAGGUCCAGGGGGCUAUUACCAGGAGAAAGAUGGAAAGAAGAAAAAAUGAAAAUUAUUUUCGUUGAUAUGAAAUUUUUAUAUCUGAUUAUCUUGUCUCAUAUGUCUUCGUACUCUAAUAAAGUAAUGCGUAAUACUCGUUCUGAAUCUUCGAAAAGACAUACAAAACAAAAUGUGUUUACAAUAUAAACUAACUU